CUCUUCUCAGGCUCCUUCCGGAACGAUGGACUGAAAGCUACUGACGUCCUGCCCACCCUGAAGGAGAAGGUGGCCUUUGUGUCAGGUGGGCGAGACAAGAGAGGAGGACCCAUCCUCACCUUCCCAGCCCGCAGCAACCAUGACAGGAUACGACAAGAAGACCUGCGCAGGCUCGUCACGUAUCUCGCCAGCGUGCCCAGUGAAGACGUGUGUAAGCGUGGAUUCACCGUCAUCAUCGACAUGCGAGGAUCCAAGUGGGACCUGAUCAAACCUCUGCUGAAGACGCUGCAGGAGGCCUUCCCUGCGGAGAUCCACGUGGCGCUGAUCAUAAAGCCCGAGAACUUCUGGCAGAAGCAAAAGACCAACUUCGGCAGCUCCAAGUUCAUCUUCGAGACCAGUAUGGUGUCGGUGGGAAGGUCUCACGAAGCUGGUGGACCCGUCUCAGCUGACGGAGGAGUUCGAUGGUUCCCUGGAUUACAAUCACGACGAAUGGAUCGAACUUCGCGCGUCUCUCUGGAGGAAUUCUUCAACAGCGCCGUCCACUUGUUGUCCCGGCUGGAGGACCUGCAGGAGAUGUUGGCGAGGAAGGAGUUCCCGGUGGACGUGGAGGGCUCCCCGGAGGCUCAUCGAUGAACACACCCAGCAAGAAGAAGAAGGUGAUCAAGGCCCCGGUGGAGGAGCUGGACCGAGACGGACAGAGGCUGCUGCAGUGUAUCCGAUGCGGGGACGGGUUUUCAGGCAGGAACUGCAUCCCGGAGGGGGGCGGACUUUCAGAGUCUUGUGCCAAAGAUUACCAGCCUGCUGGACAAACUGCACUCCACGCGGCAGCACCUCCACCAGAUGUUGGCACACGUGCGCAAACUCAAGCUGGAUCAGUGCUUUCAGCUGCGACUCUUCGAGCAGGACGCC